GGUCUCCGCCGCCGCGGGCUCCCCGAAGGGGGUCACUGCGCUGAGAAGGGGGAUGGAUGCGCCGAGUCCUGGAAAUCGGCGUGCAGAAAUAGCACCGAAAUCAGGUCCUCAGGGCGAGAGGGAGAGCUUAAAGAUGGGGCAAUAAAUGCCUCUUGCUGCCAGGUGCUUUUAGGGGCAAGGGCAUCGCAAACCGAGCACCAAGAAGUCGUGAGGCUGGCAGCUCACUUAAGUCGCGUGACAUGCAGCUCUUGCAGUACUCUGACUGGCAGCCCAAAGAGGUACACACCAGUUGCUGCAAGCAUGCAGCUCAUGAUCACAGCUUCACUCCUGUUUCCCCGUAUUGUGUCUCUAUUCUCUACCAGAACUUACUUUAUAUGGACAAAACAUCCUUCUCUGAAGAAGUCUUCUAUCUAAAGCAAGAAAACAUUAUGUAAACCUAGUAUUAUUUUACCCUAGGCGAACUGAAUGCUAGCAGCCAAAUGACCUAGGCAGGGCCAGCUUAAUGGGGACAAUGAAGAGGCAAUGUUAAGUACCUGCCUGAGUGCAGCCUAGUGGGAAGUGUAAAUUAAUGCAAACUUAUAUACACAGAAUUUGGUCGAGGAAAUGACUUGGGGGGGAAAAAAAACCCCACCAAACAAACAGCAAAACAGUAAAUCUUACCAGUUAUCCAGCAGAGCUUACAAAAAGUCUUUCAGAGAAAAGAUUUGCUGAAGUGCAAAAAACUUAAAUGACAAGCAAACUGUGUUUCUAUAUUUAAAAAUUGGUUAUUUUACACAGUUACCUUUAUACUUAAGUCAGCCUUUAAGAAGUGGUUAAGCUCCAAGCUGUACAAUAUUAAAUGUCAAGCUUCAAAACAAGUCAAUGCAGAUUAAAUCCCAGGCUUCUAGUAACAUCAUAAAUUUAUAGGUUGUUACACAUACCACAUUUUACACUGGUUCCUCAGUUUGUUCACAGUAAUACCAUUUUCCCUGCCCAACUAAUGGGGGGAGGAGGGGCUACUUCAUCCCAUUCCCUCCAAAAGCAGCAUUUGUCUGUUUGCGGAGCUGCGACUGUACUUGUGAUACUGCUGGUGUUGUUAUUAGGUAAUCUCUACAGCAGACAUAUCCAGAUAGAUGGAGAGAUGCUGGCUAUUCAAGUGCAAGAUACUCCAGGAGUUCAGAUCCAUGAACACAGUCUGGAUUGUAAUGACCAGCUGAACAGAUGCAUUCGCUGGGCAGAUGCCCUUGUGAUAGUCUUCUCCAUCACAGAUUACAAGAGCUAUGAACUACUUAGUCACCUUUACCAUCAUGUUCGACAGCUGCAUCCAGGAAACGCAGUUCCUGUUGUCAUUGUAGCCAACAAAGCUGAUCUCUUGCAUAUUAAAGAGGUGGAGCCUCAGCAUGGACUUCAGCUGGCCAGCAUGCUGGGCUGUACUUUCUAUGAAGUAUCUGUCAGUGAAAACUACAACGAUGUUUUCAAUGCUUUCCAUGUCCUGUGUAAAGAAGUUAGUAAACAACAAACAGCCAGCACUCCUGAGCGAAGAAGAACCUCUCUUAUUCCACGGCCAAAAUCCCCCAACAUGCAGGAUCUGAAGAGAAGGUUUAAGCAAGCUUUGUCUGCCAAAGUGAGGACUGUCACUUCUGUUUGAAAGCAGAGCCGAGUGGCGGUUUUGGUCUUCCCAACAUUGUAGUCUGAGUUUGAAACCUGGAAUAUUAAACACUGGCGCUUCUAGAGUCCAUUGUUGAGGGGAAGAGGAGGGGAAGGAGAAAAAAAAAAAGGUUCAGGUAGCCUUUUGAAUGGCUGUAGAAACAAGAAAUUGGUUAAAAAAGAUCGGGGGAGGGGGAAGAAACUCUUGAAAUGGUUCUGGGAUGUAACUUGUGGAACAAGUUCCAUUUCCAAAUGAAAAUACUUUCCAGUAAAUGAGCUUUCAGUUUGUCUCUUCUCCAACAGGACAGAUUUGGCUUAAUGUUUGUGCAGGGAAAAAAAACCUUUUAGCUGUAACUCUCAAUUUCUUGUACUUGAGCAGG